AUGCUGUAUCAAUUGUUUAUCGUUUUGAUAGCAGCCGGAGCUGUGCAUGCGCAACUGCUGGGAUAUGUAAGAAUUGACAAUAUAACUGAAUAAUGUACUGACUCCUCGUAACUCGACGCAGUUAAAAAAACUGAGGCCAACCUCCGUUGCCCUUCUAUAUUUCUAUACACGUAUUUUCAAAUCUUACUUAAAAAAUUUAAAAAUUGGCGUCUGUGCAACAUUACCUCACUUUAAGAGCACGAAGAGAAUUAAGUAGAUGUCCUAGUCCGACAUAAAAAAUCGGUAUAUUCAUUCCAUUGUUGAUAUUGCGGUUUUCUUUCUCUAGCUAGACUCGUGUAUCUUAAGUUUUUUGUUUAUCAUUAAUUCUAUAUAUUUUGUAGUACAUUUUAAUUAUUCAUGCUUCUGAUUACAAUAAGUAGCCGGACUUAUGAUUCCAUUAUAUGAACAUUCACCACCCACAUACCACCCCACCCUCCUACAAUGGAAAUUGCUACUUGAGUGACAUUUUUGCUUUGAUAUCCUCGUAAAAAAUACACCGAAACUCGCCAUAAGUAUUAUAAAAGGGGCAUUAACAAUAAUAAUAAUAAUAAUGAUAAUAAAGUAUUUAUCCAGGAUAAUUUCGUCCGCUUUCAAUGCAGGUCCUGCUACGGAUUGGUAUUUAUUUAUGUGCGCCCAAGCUCUUUGCAUUAGUGAACGUGGAAUUAAUUUAUUAAUUUUCAUACACAGCAAGCUACUGGCCAAGCUUCUGCUAGAAAAAGAGAUCAAAAGCAGUUUGGGGCAAACAUUGGUACGUAAGGAUGAACUUACUAAAACCAAGGAAUUUUUCCUGUUUUUAUACAGAAAGGGUUCAAAAUGCCCAUUGAUUUAAAAUAAAAUUGAAUUAGGAGGAUUGCAAAUUUCGUUUUGCAGCCACCUAGAAUUCCGGAAUAUCUUUUGCUGCGUUCGAGAUUUUAGAGUGCGUUUAUCAGCCUCCGGCGUGUCUCUCCCGACAUCGCUCAUUCGCUGAUGGCAUAAUACAAGAAAUUCCCCGCUACCGUCUACCCUAUUGUCAAUGCUGAAACACUAAGAAGUUCUCAGCUUUUUUCAAGGACCCAGGUUAAUUCACUUGACAACGAAGUCAUCAACUCUCAAUCCCUUUCCUCCUUUGAGAAAACACUAACACUAAAGACCACUAAAAAGGUCAAAUUAUUUAACUCUGAAAACCGAUCUUAAAUCUUUUCUACCCUUGACUUUACGCCAUCUUGUUUCAAUUGACGUAAACAGCUAUAGCCCGUAGUUCGAGGAGACCAAACCUCUCAUAAGCUCCUACAGUUUCUAUUAGGUCUCCUUGCCACUUCUUUUUCCUACUUUAUAUCUUAUACUGUUUGUAAUUUUAAUUAUUGUGCGGCAAAUAAACCAAUAAGCAUUUCUUGCAGAAUUGGGACCCUUUGAAUUGGAUGGGCAACAAGGCGUGGAGAUGAGAGGCAAUAAAAUGGUUGUCAGUCAGACUGGGGUAUAUUAUGUAUAUGGACAGGUCCAUUACAUCCAUCUUAACGCUAAAGGCCAACUCUACAACCGCUGCAUUCUCUACGUGAACAACAAGCCUUUUCGGUUUCUUCAGAAGGGUAUGGAUGGACGGGCUGAUAUUGGCAAUGUUUAUUCAGGUGGGCUGAUUCAUCUACGAUCAGGCGAUACCAUCAGUCUCAAGACUCAGCAGCCAUCAAGAAUCAACUUGGACCCCAGGGUGACCUUCUUUGGCGCUUUCAGGGUUGGGUAUAAUUGUGAAGAAUGCAGCGUUGUCGUUCCAGACGUUAAAAGUUAUUACAAUAAAUACUCGGGCUAG